CCUCACGCCCAACACCCACAUUCCCUACCCACUCCCUGAGGGCUUCACCUAUGGGUGAGAACUACAUCCACCUCCUCAGGACGUUCUUCCUCAUGCCCAACACCCACACCAACUACCCACUCCCUGAGGGCUUCACCUAUGGCGUAAGCCCUGGAAAGUCCAACAGCUACAACGUAGAGGAGAUUGAGAAGACGCGAGAGACGGGGAUGACAUCGGAGGGGGAGGGGCCAGCUGAGACCGACGACAUGCCCCUACAGCCUGAUGAUGGGCAGCAGUCGGAAGACUCUGGGAAAGUGGCCAGUUUCAGGAGCUGUGUGCAGUCGUGGUUCUUCCUGUGGCAUCUGGUGUGGCUGUCUGUCAUGCAGCUGAGACACUACCUCUUCAUCGGAACACUGAACCCCAUGCUCAACCGGCUGGCCGACAACGACUCAGCCCUGGUGAGUCAGUACACCAAUGCCUUUGCCUUCACCCAGCUGUGUGGGGUCCUCUGUGCUCCCUGGAACGGGCUCAUCAUGGACAGAUUACAGGGGAAGCUCUGGCUCCAGGUGGGUCACAUGGCUGUAGCUUAG